AUGGAUAAUGAAUUUCAUCGAAGCUAUAUUAAAAUUCGAACUUUUUUAGGAAUAAAUGCAGAGACAAUUCACAAAGAACUUACAACUGCAUUAGGAUCUAAUGCACCGUCAUAUGCCACAGUUGCAAGAUGGGCAAAGCAUUUUCAUGAAGGAAGAGAAAAUAUUAAUGAUGAUUCUCAAUUUGGUCGUCCAAUUUCCAAGUUAACAGAUGUAAAUAUUGAACUAGUACGACAGGUUAUUAACAAUGAUCCACAUUCAACUUAUAAUGAUAUUAUAGCUAAGACUGCUCUCUCUCGUGGUACAAUAGAACGAAUCAUCCAUGAUUAUCUAAAGAUGAGAAAAGUUAAAUCAUGUUGGGUACCUCAUCAACUCAAUGAUGAACAAAAGCAAAAUUGA